GAAUGUCCAAAUGGUUCCUCAAUAGCAAUACGCCCAAGUCGCAUGCACUCAGUCUUUUCAUCGUCGUACGAACACGCCAAAGUGAACCCCAACGAGAGUUGAGGCCGCAGAUGAGUGCGUCCGUUGGCAAGAAAAGCCCCCCAGUGUCUCUCAGAGGAAGUUUCGUAUCCCAGGUACCAAAAGGCUUCCGGAUCAUGCAUAACAUCCAGCCACGGCUGCCGAAGGUUAUGCCGUGCAUCGUGCUUGAAGGUGGUCCUGAAGCGGCAUCAGCCGGCCACUCUGGGAAGAGCGUCUCCUCGCCCUUGCAUCCACAAGAAGAGCGGCUCCUUGUCGCUGGCCUCACAGAAUGUACUCUAAUCAGCAAGAUCGCACUGAAGGGUCUCAAUGCUUUGAAUAGAACAGGUCGGACAGAAAGCCAGGUCGCAGCUAGCACGUGCCGCACUUAGGACAGUUCUGAAGGUCCCAGCGUUGAUCUUGAACCACAUUUCAUUUCUUGGCGAGAAAAAAACGUGUAUAAGUAAAGACCUUUUCAAUUUGGGGAAGGCACAGUAAUGCAGAAUACUCAAUCGUUUCCCCGUAAGCAACACAAGAACGGAAUACUACGAAAAUCCUUGUCUCCAGUGUUCAGAAAACCAGGGUAUGUUUGAGGCUCUUUGAGGCACCUUCCUCUUUAAUAGCACCAUCAGGGCAAGCAAAAACAAUUGAACUCAGCGGUGGACACCACUCUUCCACUACAGCGGAAUGAAUGGUAAACGAAAGUCGUUAGGUCGUUAUUGGU